AUGUGUACCUACAAGGCUCUCGUGCGGGCACUCAUAGACUAUGCCAGCCCUGCUCUGAUCAACAUCACAAGCACUGACGCUAGAGGUCUUGAAACCAUACAGAAUGAGGCGCUAAGGACUGCCUUGGGAGCCCCGAAGUGGACGAAGGUGGACAACUUGAGGAGUGAGGCACAGGUGCCUCCACUAACACACAAAAUAAACACUGUGAUGGUUAACUUCCUCAUCAAGACAACAAUAAGAGGCCAGCCAGAUCACCUACUCGCACUACUCCACAACCAUCGUGAGCAGAGGAACCGAGGCAGGUGGUUUAGAAGGGCGGUGGAAGCACUCAACCGGUCUGGGAUCACCAAGGAGACGCUAAUCGCCGCCACCAUCUCCGCCCAGGCUCACACCGCGCCCCCUUGGGAGAAGCCCUGCAUCACCACCAUCACCAACCCACUAAGGAAAAAUAAAAACUUGUGUGUACUGGCAGAGCUUCGGCAGGGCGGGCUACAUAACAUCAGCGACGCCCAGCGGCCACACACUGCCACCUACUUCACCGACGGAUCCACCGAUCCAGUGACAGGAAGGGCUGCCAGUGGGCGCGCAUCCACCGCCGCCGCCACCAUCACAACCGACUCUGCACGGACGUCUGACUUCUCCUCCACACAAGCUGAACUAGCGGCAAUAGCAAUGGCACUCGAGCAUACCCACACUUCCCACUGCCAGAAUAUACUGAUUGCCACUGACUCCAUGACUGCCAUUGCGGCGAUCAACAAACAUGAUGGGGAGAACAUUGUUCAGACCAGAGCCAUCCACAACUCAGGCAGGAGUGUCACUCUCAUAUGGAUACCGUCUCACGUUGGCAUAUCAGGAAAUGAAGCAGCGGACGUCCUGGCCAAACAGGCGGCCAGUGACGCAACGGUGGCCACAGUCAUCCCCAGAACGCUGCGUCAACUGAAAAGAGUCGUGAAAAUCAGCGAAGAGAUGCAGCAGCAGCAGGGACUAUAA